AGUCACGUGACACUGAAUACGGCCACCAUUUAGGUUACGGCUACUCAACGGUUAGCAAUCGUUUCACAAGACAUUUGGUGAUCAAAACCAUUCACUACUCAUACGAUGUCUGAAAGAGGCAGAGGAAGAGGACGAGGAAAGCGAUCGCCAGUUGUGGACACACCCACUGAGCCCACGGAUGACAUCGACUAUCAAUUGGGUGACAAACCGGGCGCUUAUGGCAGAGCCACUGGUGAUGACAACGGCGACAAUGAUAACAAUGAUCUACAAUUGGCGCAAUACAUGGACGCCAUGUCGACCGGCGAGUCGCCCGCCAUUAGGUCCACCUUAAGGUCGGUGUCAGUCACGAGCAAUGGUUCCGGCGGUGAUGUGGAGGCACUCAUUAACGCCAAGCCAUUGAUGCCAUUGAUUGACAUGAAGUGGACUAAACAGUUGGCUAAACGACCGGCGCUUUCCGGCACCGCCGGCCGACAGAUCGGUGUCAUCGCCAACCACUUCCGGCUGACGCUCAAGACGUUGUCUGUCUAUCACUACGAUAUUGAGAUCAGACGCGCCGUACGUACGGGCGAUAAGUUUGUGACAAUCAAUGGGCCGCAGGAGAAGAAGAUGCGAAAAAUGGCUCAAAAAGACAACNGACGCGCCGUACGUACGGGCGAUAAGUUUGUGACAAUCAAUGGGCCGCAGGAGAAGAAGAUGCGAAAAAUGGCUCAAAAAGACAACUUCGAUAUCAUCGAGAAGUUGGCCAAAGAGUGGCCGCAAGUGUUCGCAAAGACGACGUUCGUCUUCGACGGCCUCAAGAAUCUCUACUCCAAUACACGACUGGAUCUGUCGGAGAGACAGGUCUCGAAGAUCGUAACGAUCUCUUCAAUGGACAGAACCGAUGAGCAGUGGUUUGAGGUUCAGAUCCAGUCGACCAAAGAGGACGACAACGAGAUUAACAUGUCAUCGAUUAACGACUGGUUUGACAAACGGGUCGAUGUCUUGCCGGAGGACGCGAUGCAUGUCUUGGAGAUUAUGCUUCGAUACAAACCGACGGCCAGUCGUAUACCCGUCGGUCGAUCCCUGUAUGCCGUGAAUCAGAAGAAGGAAGACGUGGACACAAACACGUACUUCACGUACGGACACAACCAGUCCGUACACAUGACAGAAGUGGGACCCACUCUAGUGAUCAACCGAACGGCCACUUUGUUCCACAGAGACCUCACUCUUAUGGACUUCGUGUUGGGCUUAACGCCGAGGCUUCGGGAUGUAAGACAAAUCAAUUUCGACAAACGAACCAUUGAUGGCCUCAGCAGACAAUUGGAUGGCAUCCGUGUCACCACUACUCAUACGGGCGGCAAACGGCACGCCGUCAUCGAGAAGUUGACUGAUCUUAAGGCGAAGGAUAUCGUCUUCGAGAUGACCAAAAAUGGCGUCAAAACGGAGACAACAGUGUCGAAGCACUUCUCGGAUAGCUAUGGCAUUGAUCUCAAGUAUCCCGACAUUCCGGUGAUUAAGUUGAAGGGAAUGGCCGCUCGAUAUAUGCCGAUAGAGCUGUGCUAUGUGUCCACCAGUCAGCCCGUCCUCCGCAAGCAUAUGACGGUCGCUAUGACCUCACAGUUGGUCCGAAAGAGUGGUCAACAGAGACCUAAAGAGCGGUUCGAGUUCGUGAAGGACACCGUCAAUAAGAUCGCCACCGAAAGCAAAGACCUGUUCGACGAGUUGGGGAUCUCUCUCGACACCAAACCCAUUGAGUUCAACGCCCGAGUGCUCGACAAACCUGUCUGUAUGGGCGACGACCGCAAACUCUUCGAAGCGAAACCGCUGUCCGAUUGGUUCUUCGUGUCGAUUGCGCCCCACUUUGACGCCAAUCACGACAGUAAUGUCGAGGACUUCAUUAGUCGGUUGACCGCAGAGGCAAAGCGAAUGGGAAUCACUGUCAGCAAACCGUUCGUUAAGAAAGUGGACUACAGGGGCGCGGAUACCGUUAAAUUGGUUUUCGAGAAAAUUAAAUGUUUGCCAACACUUCCGCCACUCGUGGUCUUCUGCAUCCCAUACGGCGAUGGAACGUACCAUCAGAUCAAACACAUGGCGGACAUCGACGUGGGAGCACUGGAUCGGGAUGUGUUGGGCUCACUGUUCCACUCUUGCGGCCAAAUGAAUGAAAUUGAAUUCUCGUUCAGAGCCCACGGCAUGUCGGUUGGUGAGACACGAGAUACCGGGUCAGUGGGCGUAACCUUAUGGACAACCGUUACCUCAGAACCCGAUUGA